AUCUUCACACCUCACCCGACUGGCCCGUGUCCGUGUCUGUAUUCUUGCGUUAACUACGUAGGGCGUUAGGAGAAAAAAAAGAAUCCACCGUGCGACUUUCACUGACUGUGACACGGGGAUGUCCUUCCUUGACGCCUCGGAUGAUCACGAACAACACGACUGCAGUCAGCCACUGGACGAGAGAGUGGUUGAUUACGGAUGGUUCAUCAGCAGGUCCUGAGCUGGCUGAUCUCAGACCAGAGGGGAAACUUAAUUUUUGCUGUGGCCUGAAGGCAUUAUAAUUCUUGAGAUGUCAAUGAGACGAGGAGAAGGGAUGUCCAUCGCUCAGGCUUUGGCCAUGACUGUAGCAGAGAUACCCGUCUUUCUCUAUUCCACAUUUGGGCAGUCCAUAUUUUCCCAGCUGAGGCUUACACCGAGCCUGAAGAAGGUGCUGUUUGCCACAGCGCUGGGCAGUGUAGCUCUAGCUCUCACUGCUCAUCAGUUAAAAAGGCGAGGAAGAAAGAGGAAGCAGGGAACACAAGAAAAGGAUGGCCAGAAGACAGUGGGAAUACCAGAGUCGCUCAUGAAGACAGGACGGCCCUCAUCAUUAAAGAGAGCCCCGUUUACUGGUCGACAGAUGAUGAGUCCCAGCACUCGAAGCAAUGAUACGAUGAGUGGAAUUUCCUCCCUGGCUCCCAGUAAACACUCAAGUUCAUCACACAGCCUGGCAUCUACGCGAGUCCCAAGCUCUCCAAAUCAGUCUGCCAAUCCAUCCACCCCAUGGGAGGCAGAGCCUGUGGUGGAAGAGUCAGGGGCAGUAGAGGAUGCUAAUGCAGAGAAUCUCUAUUUAAUGGGCAUGGAGCUGUUUGAGGAGGCUCUGCGAAAGUGGGAACAGGCACUGAAUAUUCGCCAUCAACCCCACUCAACAUCCAGCAACAACAGCCUGGCUCUGCAGGGAGCAACAUGUGGAGACGUUACCACGGGUGAAGCCCAAAAUAAAGUGUUUGCUGAGAAGUUAGAGACACUACUGCACAGAGCGUAUCACCUACAGGAGGAUUUUGGAAGCAGUAUCCCAGCAGACAAUGUGCUGGCAGACUUUGAAAGUGAAGGAACGCUAAUCUUGCCUCAAGUGGAAAGUUUCCACAGACUGCAAGAGGACGAUGCUACUACUGUCACUUCUGAUGACUCCUUCUUUUCGGCUGCGGAGCUGUUAGAUGCCAUGUCUCUAGGGGAGGUCUGUCAGCCAGCAGCCCUUUAUGAAGAAGCCCUGUCUCUGGUCCAUGAAGACAAAGUGGCCUAUAGGACCCUGAGGACUGAACUACUUGAAUGUUAUAGUGACCAAGACUUCCUUGCCAAGCUUCACUGUGUGAGACAAGCAUUCCAGAUCCUGUUGUUAGAUGAAACUCAUCGUACAUUUUUCAUGGAGACCGGAAAGCAAAUGAUUGUGGGUUUAAUGGUAAAAGCAAACAAGAGCCCCAAAGCUUUUCUAGAAAGCUAUGAAGACAUGCUGCUGUACACUCAGAGAGAGGAAACGUGGCCGAUCACUAAGAUGGAGCUGGAGGGUCGAGGGGUGGUUUGUAUGAACUUUUUCGACAUAGUGUUGGACUUCAUCCUGAUGGAUGCAUUCGAAGACCUGGAGAGCCCUCCUUCCUCUGUGGUGGCUGUGCUGAGGAAUCGCUGGCUCUCUGACAGCUUUAAAGAAACGGCUUUGGCAACUGCUUGCUGGUCCGUCCUAAAAGCCAAAAGGCGUCUUCUUAUGGUUCCUGAUGGAUUUAUCUCCCACUUCUAUGCCAUAUCGGAGCAUGUGAGCCCAGUUUUAGCUUUUGGCUUUUUAGGACCCCGACAGCACCUGAGUGAAGUGUGCACAAUUUUUAAGCAACAAAUCGUGCAGUACCUUAAGGAUAUGUUUGACCACGACAAGGUCCGCUUCACCUCUGCACAGUGUUUGGCCGAGGACAUCCUGAACCUUUCCCACCGCCGGAGUGAUAUUUUACUUGGGUAUCUGGGAAUCGAUAGCCUUCUCGAGAUCAACGGUGCCCUGCCCAGAGACCCAGAGGGCUCUUCAGGGACCAACUAGGAGGAGUAGGGUAACAAAGAGCUUCACUGGGCCUUGUACCAGCCAACAGCAAAGAGGCUGACAAGUUAGGGAACAGCAAGAAGUCACAGCUGAACAGUGUGUCUGUAUUCAGACUGGAAUGAAUCAUCCUCCUGUGAUACACUGAGAACCAGCAUUAUUCAUUUAUUCAUCCGUGUUUCAUUAAACAUGAUGGCUUCAGUAGGACAUACUUUCACCAGUUCUACAAAGUCAUUGGUUGUUGUACUAAGGAGGGAGGCUAACGAUCCCACCUCUUUUAUGUUGCUGCUGUGUAAUCAUCGAGAAUACCGACUGCAGUCAUGUAAUGACAGACGUGCAAGGACUUGUCUCUGCCUUGUUGGGUGAGUUCUUGAAAACAGGCCUAACGGGAAGCAUGAAAACUGUGCCCGCUACACUUUUACUCCACAUGGAUUGAGCGCUUUCAGAGAACUCUUCAUCACCUCUGGAAUUAGGGGGAAUUAUGGUGUGGGAAUCAGUAUUUUGUGUUUCUGCGUUUUAUAUUAAAUUAAGGAAGAUUAUCUGUUUAAAAUGAUGAGAGUUCCUGAGAGUUCUUGAACACUUUGGCCAACUGAUUAUUAGUGCUGCUGUUUAAUGCAAAAUGAGAUGGGUUUGUCUCCACACUUGUCCUUAAAUCCUCUUUAAUGUCUUUAUUUAUUUUCUCCACUUUGGGUUAAUCGUGUUUAUAAUGUGAUGAAACCAAGAAAGUCUGUUGAAUGCAAAAAGACGUUUGAACUUGUGUAGGGUACUGGCACGUUACCCAUGUUUGACACCAGUGUUCACAGUUGCAGUAAACAUGAGUGUUUGAAGAAGCAUGUGCUAAGGGAUUAUGAAGGUUUACUUUCUAUAAAUUACAAUGCAAAUAUUCAGAUUUAAAUGGCACCAAACCCCCCCCCCCCCCCCCCCCAAAAAAACAGCACUCUAACUGCAAAUAAAAGAGUGUGAGAUGUGAAAUACCUGUCUGAAAACUAUUACAUAAAACACAACAGUUUAGAAGAUGCUAAAGACAAUAAACAAUGACACUUGAGUUCUCUCGAUUUGUAUUUCCUAAUUCUAAAGUCUGAAUUUGAGACAUUCUCGCAGUUUAAUUGCUUGCAAACAUUUGGGUCUAUAAGUGUCCAGUUGCAAGUUGUACCAAAUAAGCCUUUAACAAAGUGGAUGCCAUGUGUUCACACGACAUGAACAAUAGUCUUUCCGUGGCAGUUUUCACUGUUUAACAUUAAAAAUGGCAUUAAAGUAGGUGAGCCAGCAUUGGGGCCCGAGCACGGUGCAUGUUCACUCGCUCACUCACUAUCACACCUUAACAGCACACCUACUGAAUCAUUUAUGUUUUUGUUUACAUCUGUACUUUUUCUGUACCUUCAGUGAUAAAAGGGCGCUGUUUUUUUUUGUGUGUGUGUGUGUGUGUGUGUGUGUGUGUGUGUGUGUGUGUGUGUGUGUGUGUGUGUGUGUGUAAGAAGGUGGACACCUGUGGAGAUCUUGCUUAGAAAAAAUAUAUGUAAACAGUGACGCAACCGCUAAAUGAAACAUUGCCAUUUAGUAUUCUUAGCGAGGCUAUUUCUGAUGUUAUAAAGAUCUGUAAUGAAGAACAGGGCAUUGUACAGCUGGACUGUCAUCCACGUAGGUGCACUGAUAACAUCUGAGUCUGCUUUGCUUUCCCAAGUACUGUAAACUUGUUACCGAAUGGCAUUUAUUCCGUAAUUCUCGCGUCGAUUACACCACUACUGCACAGGCGCAUUUCUUAUUUGCAGAUAUAUACAAACUAAAUCGUCUUCAUGAAAUUGAAUUUAAAAAAAGAAAAGAUUAUUUAUUUACAGAGAAGCACAGUUAUCUGAAGGGAGGAAAAGAAUUCUCUCUGAUUACUUGGGGCGUUUUAGUGUCAGUAGUUUAUCUUCUGAGUCCAUACAAGUGUAUUUCUUGUGGCAGUGAUAAUCCAAAUCAAAGUCUCUUAAAUUAAGAGCUUUUAUUUUCUUUUAUUUUGAUUCAGUAUUUGCAGGGUUAUUUGGUGUUUCUGUCUAAUGUGAACCAAAACUGUAAAUUGAGCUAUUACAGAAAAUAAUUUGGUUCCUCAUUGUGACAGAUGAGCAUUUUGCACUUUAGCAGAAAAAUCCAAGAAUGUCCAAUAACCCUUUUUUAAUAGUUGUUGAUUUAUUUGUUGCAUCAAAGAA